GUUUUGAAAACAAUUUUAUGUCUUUUGAUUUUUAAUGGGGAGUUGCCCAGAGUUGCUUGAGAGAUGGACAGCUAUAUAAAUGUUGUAAAUAAAAUAAAUGGGUUAGAGGGAUUGAGUUCUUUUAAAUAAGCUCCCUUUUUCUUUGUUACUGAUAAAUAAUGGGGAAGUCCCCCAUACCUCCCCAAGUGGACCAAAUGUACAGAGUGAUGCUCUCUUUUCAAAUCCUCACGCCAAAAUGCCUCCCUUGAACAAAACUGCUCCAUAUUCAUACUUGAUUCACAUAUGUGCAACUCUGUGGUCUAACUGGAAACAUCAAUACUUCAUCUGUGACUGGUUAUGGGACUGUUUCAACAUACUGCCUUCUUGCAAUUUGCCACAUCCAUGGCCUCUGGGAUGAGACAUUGGAGGAAGUAUUGCGUUGUGCUCUGGAGAAACAUUCGAACAGUCCCACAAUUGGCUUGAGCUGUUCCUUCCAGAGCUCAAAUGAUCACGUAAGAUUGUUCUAGUAUACUAACACUACAUGUUCUUGCCAAACAAUGGUAGGAGACUGCCACUAAUUCCACACUAUUGUGACAACAUGAGACCUGCAAGCAAUUCUGUGUGCCCUAGUUACCUAGACGUGAUCUAGGCUAUUGUGAUGGAAUGUGCACUCACAGCAUCAGAGGGGGUGUAUUUUGUUAAUUUAGAGCCUUUGCCAAGAAGCCUGGAUUAAGAAACUGCUUAGUCCUGAGCUGGACUAAAUUCACCUUAGAAUCUCUCAAGAUAUAUCUGAUAGGAGAAAAGGUAAUAUGGUAGUUUUAGUUUAGUAGGUUUCUGUCCAUUAGGUGCAAGCAAAUAAAAGAUUUAACUUGAUUGGAUUUCAUUGUCUCAUCUGUUGACUUGGGCCUUACAGUUAUGGCAGGCAGAAAUGAGAAGGCGUAAUAAGAGCCAUAUUUAGCUCGUAUCUCCUGGUGAGGACCAGAGAUGUGAAGUCAUUAUGACAUUACCCAUCAGUGAUGUCAUAUUACAGCAUCUUAAAUGCAAGGCUGCUUCCUACAUAAAACUUAACUAGAGUCACCUUGACUGUUGAGAGAAGAUAAAAGAGCAAAUUGGACUUGGAUGUUCCUUUAGAGUAGAUUGCUUUUUUACAUACAGAUCAUCUUUUGUGGCCUAUAAGCAGGAGUGCACCAAACUCUCUCUCUCUCGCUUGUGAAGUUUCAUCACGGUGAGAAAAAUGGGUUCGGUUUCAGAGAUGCUCACAGCAGUCCCCCUUCACAAGAGGCCUGAUCUCCUGGAGGCCUGUGCUGACCUCAUCAACGAAGAGUGGAAACGGAGCCGGACCUCCCGUAUCCACUCCCUGCAAAAAUCUAGUGACAACUUUCCCAUGUGCCUGGUACUGAUCAGAACUUUGAGGCUAACGGAGGAAACUGCAGAAGGGAAGACGUCUAAUACCCAGUGCCAACUUCUAGGACAUGCCAGGUUAUCCCGUGUGGUUGGCCAAUCUAACAGUUUGUUUGUGGAGACCGUGGUGGUUGCCAAGGCCCUCCGUGGAAAGGGCUAUGGCAGGAAGCUGAUGGAAGCUGUUGAGAACUUUGCCAAAGCCCACAGCUACCAGCAUCUGUAUCUCACCACACAUGACAAACAGCAUUUUUAUGCCCACCUGGGCUAUCGCUUAUCCAAGCCUGUCCAGUGGGCUGGAUUCAUCAGUUCUCUGGUACCUAUGGAAUUUUUGGAGAACUUCUCUACCCCUCAACAUAAGAUGGAGCUUCCUGCACAAUCUGGGAAGCAUAAUACAAAUGCAUCUUACCAAAGCAGAUCUGGAGCAAACUUUCCUCCUUCACCAUGUGCUGUACCUCUUUCUUCUUCUCCUUUUUGCUCAGUAGCCCCCCCUUCAUUGCCUUCUCCUUGUUCUUAUCAUUCAGGGACAGCUACCAUUUCUCCCCGUCUUCCAUUGCCAGGUCCCCACCCAUCCUUUGUCCAGCCCAGUCAUGCUCUGGUUCACUCUUCACUGUCAGCUUCCCCAUUUGCCUCUGCUGCCCCAGCUCUUCCACCUUCUCCUCCUCCUCCUCCUCCCCUUCCACUUCCAGUGCCUCCACCAAGAGCCUUUUUAGUAGGCCAACCAAGCUCCGGAAAACCUGCCUCUUCCAGGGUUUUGGAGAAUACAUUUGAAGAACAAACGCUUUUAGAAACACCUUAUCGGGAUCUGAAAGGGCAGCCCAUAUUCUGGAUGAAGAAGGAUAUUUGAUUUUCUCCCGUCAUGUGACUGUAAAAUAAAGAUGAAAUAAAUGAAUAAGGAGGAAAAAGGGAAGCCUUUCUUGUUUUAAAAGGAAAGCCUGGCUUUGUGAGACAAAAGAUCGCCAUUUAAAAUGAAUAAAACAAUGCAUUUGGUU